GCGCGCGACGUGCUACUCGGGAUAAAUGCGGCGGCACCCGGCGUAAGAGUGCUUCGGCCUGGGCGCUUGGUGGUUCGGACGUUUAUCAGCGUCGCAGCCCCAGCCUGAGCGUCCUUACCUCUCUGUGCCAUGGCGGACGAGGGGAAGUCGUACAACGAGCACGAUGACCGCGUUAGUCUCCCUCGAAGAAGGAAAGGCCGGGGCCCUUUCCGGUGGACGGGGAACCGUCGAUCUGGAAGAGGCAAUUCUGGUAUUCGGUCUUCCCGCCUUGAGGAGGAAGAUGGAGAUGUGGCAAUGACUGAUGCCCAGGAUGGUCCUCGAGUGCGAUACAACCCCUAUGCUGCCCGACCCAACCGUCGUGGCGAGAACUGGCAUGAUCGAGAUCGCAUCCAUGUUACUGUGCGGAGAGACAGAGCUCCUGUAGAGAGGGCGGGAGCUGGCACCAGCCAGGAUGGGACCUCGAAGAACUGGUUCAAGAUUACAAUUCCUUAUGGCAGAAAGUAUGACAAGGCGUGGCUGUUGAGCUUGAUUCAGAGCAAGUGCAGUGUUCCCUUCACGCCCAUCGAGUUUCACUACGAGAACAUGCGGGCCCAGUUUUUUGUUGAGGAUGCCAGCACUGCUUCUGCACUGAAGGCUGUAAACUAUAAGAUUGUUGAUCGGGAGAACCGAAGGAUAUCAAUCAUCAUCAACUCCUCUGCUCCGCCCCAAACUGUGCAAAAUGAGCUGAAGCCAGAACAAGUAGAGCAGCUAAAGCUAAUCAUGAGCAAAAGAUAUGAUGGCUCCCAACAAGCACUUGACCUCAAGGGCCUCCGUACCGACCCAGAUUUGGUGGCCCAGAACAUUGAUGUGGUUCUGAAUCGUAGAAGCUGUAUGGUGGCUUCCCUGCGAAUCAUUGAAGAGAACAUCCCUGAGCUAUUAUCUUUGAACUUGAGCAACAAUAGGCUAUUCCGCCUGGAUGAUCUGUCCAACAUAGUACAGAAGGCACCCAGUCUAAAGAUCCUCAACCUCUCUGGAAAUGAGUUGAAGUCUGAGCGGGAGUUGGACAAGAUAAAAGGGCUGAAGCUAGAAGAGCUGUGGCUUGACGGAAACCCCCUGUGUGACACCUUUCGAGACCAGUCCACCUACAUCAGCGCUGUCCGUGAGCGAUUCCCCAAGUUACUACGCCUGGAUGGCCACGAGUUACCCCCGCCGAUUGCCUUUGACGUUGAAGCUCCCACGAUGCUGCCUCCCUGCAAGGGAAGCUAUUUUGGAACAGAGAACCUGAAGAGUCUGGUCCUGCACUUCCUACAUCAAUACUAUGCAAUUUAUGACUCUGGAGACCGGCAGGGCCUCUUGGAUGCAUACCACGAUGGGUCUUGCUGCUCCUUGAGCAUUCCUAUCACCCCCCAGAAUCCAAACCGAAGCAGCUUGGCCGAGUACUUCAAGGAUAGCCGGAAUGUGAAGAAGCUUAAAGACCCUAGCCUGCGGUUCCGGCUGCUGAAGCACACACGGCUCAAUGUUGUUGCCUUCCUCAAUGAGUUACCCAAAACUCAGCAUGACAUCAAUUCUUUCGUGGUGGACAUAAGCGCCCAGACUAGCACGUUGCUGUGUUUUUCAGUCAAUGGCAUCUUCAAGGAAGUGGACGGGAAGUCUCGGGAUUCUUUGCGAGCCUUCACCCGGACGUUCAUUGCAGUUCCUGCCAGCAGUUCCGGGCUGUGCAUUGUAAACGACGAGCUGUUUGUGCGGAAUGCCAGCCCCGAAGAGAUCCAAAGAGCUUUCGCGAUGCCUGCUCCCACGCCUUCCUCCAGCCCAGUGCCCACCCUGUCUCCGGAGCAACAGGAGAUGUUGCAGGCAUUCUCUACCCAGUCCGGCAUGAACCUCGAGUGGUCCCAGAAGUGCCUUCUGGACAACGACUGGGACUACACCAGAUCUGCACAGGUCUUCACGCAACUGAAGGCUGAGGGCAAGAUUCCGGAAGUGGCGUUCAUGAAGUGAUUCCAGUUCCCCAGAAGCCCCUGUAAAUAGCCCUCAGACGUGGCGUCAUGGUUGUCUCCUCCACCCUGGCCUGAGGCCACCUGUGACUGUGACUGCGGAGGGAUGGCUGCUGAUCCCUCUCCGCUCCUGCCUUCUGGAAGACUUCCGGGAGAUUGAGCCUCAGUGGUGCCAGGAAGCCAAAGCAUACUUUGUAGAACUGACACUAAACCGAAGGACCUAGGUGCUUUGUGUACUUAACCCCAAACUCCUCUGUACUUUUUAAGAUAAAGAGUGACGUUGU